GUAACAUAUCAUUUGAGUAGACCUGUAGUUUGCUAGAGAAAAUUAAGAUGGGCUCGAAGACGAAGAUACCGAUACUUGUCCCUGGCCUGUUGUUGGCCAUGCUCCUUUUGAUCUCCUCACAGGUGGCAGCCAGGGAUAUGAAAGAGGGUGAGGUUGUUAAAGAGAGAAAUAAAGUGGGUGAUUCGAAAGUGGAAGUUGGUGGUGGGGUUUACUUUGGUGGUAACAUCCCUGGCAUUGGUGGUAUCCCAGGCGUUAGUGGUGGUAACAUCCCUGGCAUUGGUGGUAUCCCAGGGAUUAAUGGUGGUAUUCCAAGUGUUAAUGGCGGUAUUCCAGGAGUUAAUGGUGGUAUUCCAGGCAUUAAUGGUGGUAUUCCAGGUGUUAAUGGCGGUAUUCCAGGAUUUAAUGGUGGUAUUCCAGGUGUUAAUGGCGGUAAUGUUCCAGGUGUUAAUGGCGGUAUUCCAGGAGUUAAUGGGGGUAUUCCAGGCAUUAAUGGUGGUAUUCCAGGUGUUAGUGGCGGUAUUCCAGGAGUUAAUGGUGGUAUUCCAGGCAUUAAUGGUGGUAUUCCAGGUGUUAAUGGCGGUAUUCCUGGAGUUAAUGGUGGUAUCCCAGGCAUUAAUGGUGGUAUUCCAGGCGUUAAUGGUAACAUCCCAAGUGGCGUUAUUGGUUGCAUCCCAGCUAGUGUUAUUAGUGGCAUCCCAGGCAUGAUUGGUUGCAUCCCAGGCAUCAUUCCAGGCCUUCCUGGUAAUGGUGGUUUUGGAGCAUUCCUGGUGGACGUGGAGGUUUUGGUGGUGGCAUUCCAGGCCAAGGACUAGGAAGAGAGUAUUGUCGUUCUGGCUGUUGUGUUUGGGCAUUAGGGGGAGCUUGCUUACGUUGCUGCACCACUAGAGCAUAAGACUAAGACCCACAAAUUAGAGUGUUGUUCUACGUACUUCAAAUAUUUCAUCAAUAAAAUUUCCUCUUGUGGAUACACAAUGUUGUUCGACCUUUCACACCACUAGAGAUAUUUCAUAAGUGGAAAUAGUGUUAAGUAAUAUAUACGUCGUACUGCAUGUGCCUGUGUCAUAAGUUUAAGGACUAACUGAAAUGUCUAAUGUACAAAUAGUUUGUCAUAAAUGAUGACUUGAACUUCUACCUCA